CUUCUUGACUACACCAAUACGAAGUCUGGGGUAGAGGCCAUCAUGGUGUUCCCUACUCCUGCUCCUUUGAUCGCGGCUGCACAAAUUCUGUAUGCAAUCGCAGCGGAAUCUCCUGGUUACAAGCUAACUAAAGAAAAUUGUUGGUUUUUUGCUUCCACCAUUCAGGAAGUCUUGGUGCGGGGUUUCAGGGGGGUGUAUGAGAGAGGGUCACUUAACCAUCCCACAAAUCGGUGCCGGGAAACGAGAUGGCAUUAAAGAUCUGGCAUAUUCACACCUUGAAAAGCAAAUCAGUGACACGUCGGAGGCAAUUCUAAGAUAUGCCAAUUUAAUUGCAGAAUCAAAGCUGACGCAGGCUAUCAAGUCCGUCCUCGACGCUGUAAAAUACCACCAUGU